AAAGAAUGUCGUCUCCGAGUUAAAACCAAAACCCAUGCCAAAGUCACAUACACACACUUCACCAUACCCAAAACACAUACACCCAUACAUAAACGAGUUUGUAUAUAUAUAAUAAGCUUCUUACGAGCCAUUUACUUAAAAAAAAAUUCAAAACCUCUCUAAAAGAUCAUUCCUCCAAAACUCUCUAAACUCAUACCUACUCUGUUUUUUUAUGCUCUGUUCUAAUGGAUAUCACUUGGACAAGAGGACCAAUCAUCGGUCGAGGCUCCACAGCCACCGUCUCACUAGCUGUUUCAAACUCCGGUGAGAUGUUCGCCGUCAAAUCCGCCGACUUCUCUUCCUCCACAUUCUUGCAAAACGAGCAGUCGAUUCUGUCUACAUUGAGCUCUCCACACAUAGUCAAGUACAUAGGCUCCGAUGUAACACGUGAGAAGCACGGAUUGGUUUACAAUCUCCUGAUGGAGCACGUUUCCGGCGGGAGUCUUCACGAUCUCAUCAAAAACUCCGGCGGGAAGUUGCCGGAGCCGGUGAUCAGAUCGUACACGCGUCAGAUUCUCAGGGGACUGUUGUAUCUCCACGGGAGAGGGCUUGUCCACUGCGACUUGAAGAGCCAGAACGUUCUGGUCGAGGAAAACGGCGUCGUUUGCAAAAUCGCUGAUAUGGGUUGCGCUAAACCGGUUUCAAAGAACGAAUUUUCCGGUACACCGGCGUUCAUGGCGCCAGAGGUGGCACGUGGUGAAGAACAGAGGUUUCCUGCUGAUGUGUGGGCGUUAGGGUGUACGGUGAUCGAGAUGAUGACUGGUUCAACCCCUUGGGGGAAGCUAAACGACGUCGUUGCUGCAAUGUAUAGGAUUGGAUUCUCCGGUGAGUCGCCGGAGAUUCCUGAGUUUGUAUCGGAGAAAGGUAGAGACUUUCUUGUGAAAUGUUUGGAGAAGGAUCGAAAACAGAGGUGGACAGUGGAAGAGUUGCUUAAACAUCCUUUCCUCGACGAAUAUGGAGACGAAGAGUCUCGUCUCCAUAUUACGUCUUCUCCGAGCACUGUGUUGGAUCAACGAUUCUGGAACUCAUCGCAAAGUUACUCUCUUUCGAUGGAUCAAGAGGACCCUUUUGCUGAUUACUCUGUUUCACCGGCUGAUCGGAUCGAGCAACUCGCCGGAGAUGAGUUUUCGAGUGUUCCGGAUUGGGAUAAUGUAGAUGAUGGCGGCGGGUGGAUUCGAGUCAGAGGCGACGUUGUUGGAGAAAGUGAGAAACGUGUCGGUUACGGUGACGAAGACGUGGUAUGCGUCGAGGAAACGUCGUCGUCGCAAGUGAUUGAAGUGGUUGGAGAAUGGAUUUUGGAUCAAGACAGCUUGUUCGAGGAAUAUUCUGUUGACGACGUCAUUACUGAUUUUUACUCUAAUGUUGCUAUUCAAGGAAAUGAUAUUGAUUUUUAUUAUUAUUGUGUGGGAGAUCAAAAUGUACUUUCUAAUAAUAAUGAGAAUAAAAAGAACAUUUAUCCGUCAAAUUGCAAGUUCUUUCUAGUUCAUCAACCAAGUCUGAACCACGAUGUUCUAUUAAGUCCUAAAAGUUAG